UUUAAGAAAUGUGUCUGUACCUUUGAUCGCAAUCAUCACCAAAGGCGAUUCGCCCAUUCUUUGAGUGAUCUUAAGACAAUCAAUUCGCAGAUUCUCACAUUUUCCACCUCUACCUUACCAACGCAACGAAUUGUGCACCCUCUCCACCAUCGACCAUGCUUUCCUUUCUUCAGAACCCCCGCCAAGCCGCGGCUCAAGUGUUGAACUUUGCCCUCAUUCUUUCUACUGCCUUUAUGAUGUGGAAAGGUCUCUCAGUAGCUUCAGAUUCUCCCUCGCCAAUUGUUGUCGUUUUAUCUGGAUCCAUGGAACCUGCGUUCCAGCGUGGAGAUCUUUUGUUUCUAUGGAACAGAAAUCUGUUAGAAGAGACAAAGGUUGGAGAAAUUGUGGUCUACAAUGUCAAGGGGAAGGAUAUACCUAUUGUGCAUCGGUUGGUCAGAAAGUUUGGAGCAGGGUGAGUUUCUACCUUACGGCUUGCGGGGAAGGGCGGAGAUGUGCUUGGAAUGCCGAAUUUCGUGGAAUCUAGCAAUACAUUUAUACUAAUACCCAAGAUUGCAGACCCAAAGCAAAAUUAUUGACAAAGGGAGACAACAAUGUGGCAGACGAUACGGAGCUAUAUGCAAGAGGACAGGAUUACAUUGAGAGGGAAGAUAUCAUCGGAAGUGUUGUGGGAUACAUACCAUUUGUAGGAUAUGUUACCAUUCUACUCAGUGAGCAUCCAUGGCUUAAGACUGUUAUGCUGGGAAUGAUGGGUUUAGUCGUGGUUUUACAGAGAGAAUAACCAAGGCAGUAGCCGAACUGGGAACAGCGUUAAAAGAAAGAAGAUACCCCAACUUGACAUGACCUGAACGAAGGACAAUGUACAUGUGAGGAUAAUUUCACGCCAAUGUGAAGGCAACAGGAAUGAAUGAAGUCGACCUUAAUAUUAUUUUUGGGCCUAAAGCGUUGGACUUUUCGGCCUAGGUAGACUUUUGGACUUCCGGCAUCUACCAAGUCGGAAGUAAUCGGUAGAACUUAGGGAACUGACCAAGACAAAGACAGAGAGGGACUUGAAAAGAAGACUUGAUGAAAGGCCAUUCAUAGAUACAGAAACCAUCACUCACUUUCUAGCAUUUACCUUCUACCAAGGUUUGUAAUAUAUAUACAUCUUUCAAGAGUACGUCCGAAUAAUUCCAACGAGGUAUUCACUCACUCGUACCUGCUAGGUAAGUAAAUCCAGGUAGCCAGCCAGCCUUCUUUCCCUGACACAAAUGUUCAGCCUUGCCAUUUACUGCCUCGGAAGGACAGGGAUAGAAAAGGCCGUUCAUCACCAGGUACCUACCCUACCCUACCUAUCUCUAAUCUCCAAAUCUCCAAAAGCUCUGAC